AUGGCUAGGCAUACCUCGUUGGAGUCCGAAAGACCCAUCAUGGCCCAGUCCGCUCGUACCUCCAAGCGGUUCUCGACUGUCAGCGAAGCCCCCUCGGUCGCCUCGUCGGAAGGGACCUUCGCGGGCCUGCCUACCGGAGACCCCAGACUGGCCGACUUCCACAACCUCCGUGACGGCUUAGAGCGCCUGGAAAAUAAGCCUCUUCUGAAGCAACGCUUCGUUCCCACGCCAGAGAAAAGCGAUAAUCUGAGCAAGUUGGCUUUGGGCGCAAAGGUGGAACGCGCCCUUGGACGCAGAAUGACCAGCCAGGACGCUGUCAUGCGGGAACCCGUGUUGAACGAAAAGGCUGUGGUGGAGGCCCCGUGA